AUGCUGAUUGGGCUGGGAAUCCAGAUGAUCGUCGCAGUACGGGCGGCUAUGCCAUCUUCUUUGGUGGCAACCUAUGUAUCUUGGAGCUCUCGCAAACAGCAGACUGUCUCUCGUUCUAGUACAGAAGCUGAAUACAAAGUUGUUGCCGACACUACUGCUGAAUUGAUAUGGAUUCAAGUCCUGUUACGUGAGCUUGGGAUUCCUCCGAUACGGCCAACCCAGCUUAUGGACUCAGCUGGGGAGCGCAGUGAGCUUCAGAUUAUUUUUGAAGGAUUAUUCACUGAAUCAAAUGGCAACAUGAUUCCAAUAACGCAUGCAUGGUCUUGGAUUGAGAAUGGCCAUGACCAUCAAUAUCCCAUUCUGAAUGAUAAUCAGAUCCUGCUUGUUCUUCGGUAUCCUAAAAAGUUCGCUCUUACUACGCUAGCUGUUCUUGGAGAUUUGAUUAGCUUGAAUAAAAUGUCAAGCCCACGGUACUUCGAUAAGAUGGUCUUAUCUUCACGACUGAAUGAUCCCUCUGAAUACCGGUUUGGAUCACAAGACUUGAUGCCCAUAGUUUGUGAUGAUGGAGUAGUGGGCAGCUCCUCCAAAUUUGAUAUUUAUCAGGGGAGGGAUUUCUGUAGAAUUAUGGGAAGCUUUGAGUAUGGAGAUACUCUGAAAGUGGUGCCAAACUGGAAUUGUUCAUCCACUGAUGGUGAGUAUUGCAACAAGUCGGGGCCUUUCAUGUCUCAUCAUGGAGAUGGAGUGUUUGCUGAUGUUUUGCUUUGGAUGAGAAUGAUAAGGUGUGAACCAGGAACUUUAAACCUAUCAGAAGUAAGAGUUGUUGCGGAGUUCAAAGUCGUGCCAGUGAUCAGUGAGAACAUAUACCUUGUGUCUCAGAGGACAGGGUUGAUGAAUGGAGUGACUCUAUGGGGUGAAGGGACAUGGAAUCCUUCCUCUGGCCAGCUUUGCAUGGUUGGUUGCAUUGGAUUAGAUGAUAAUCCAAUGUGUAAUUGUAGAAUUUGCAUGUAUAUUCUGCAGUUCUUAUCCAUAAUUCAACAUAGCUACAUCUCUAGCAAAAUAUUUAGCAUCAACAGCACUCACUUCCCUUUGUCAUUUGAGAAACCAUUCCCUACUGAUGGGAUUAUCAAAGGGGAGUCCGUCAAGAAAUCUCUUCUAAACUAUCCAACCACUGAAAAUUAUGAUAAUAGCUUCAACAAUGAAUACAGGUUUAGGCUUUACCAACUUUCAUAUGAUCUCACACUCAGGACCUUUGCAGUUUCUGAAAAUCUGAGUCCUGAAAUACCUUUUCUAAAAUUAAGCAUGCUUUCACUGGGAUCAUUCAUGGUCAGUGAUAGGUAUCAGUCAUACGAAGAAAACAAAUUUAAAAAGUUCACAAAUCCAACAGCAUCAAUUGAUAAGCAGCAGCAGCAGCAUGCAGCCUACUUAACAGAUCUCCGUGCUUCUUUGAAACGUUCGACUUAUGACAAGAGUGCUGAAGAUGGAUAUGAUUGCUUGAUAGAAGUUUCAAUAGAGUACCCUCCAUCAAAUGCAAUGUGA